CCAUUGUAUAUAGGUGCACAAUUUGCGGGAUCGUUACUAGCGAGUUUGACACUAAGACUAAUGUUCAAAGUCACACCCGAAGCUUUCUUUGGAACCACUCCGGCUGAUUCACCUGCACGAGCACUCGUCGCAGAAAUUAUUAUCUCAUUCCUCCUCAUGUUUGUUAUCUCUCGCGUAGCCACUGAUAAUCGCGCCGUCGGAGAAUUAGCUGGAAUUGCAGUUGGGAUGACUAUAAUGUUGAACGUCUUUGUGGCCGGACCAGUGUCGGGAGCAUCAAUGAAUCCAGCGCGAAGUCUAGGACCAGCGUUAGUGAUGGGAGUAUAUAAACACAUAUGGGUUUACAUUGUUGGUCCUGUCCUCGGAGUCAUGUCCGGAGGUUUUGUUUAUAACCUUAUCAGAUUUACCGAUAAGCCACUCCGAGAACUCACUAAGAGCGCUUCUUUCCUCCGUAGCAUUUCCCCAAGCCACAAAGCUUCUAGUUCCAAGAGCUAAUCUUUAUUCUCUCAGUGUUAUCUUAU